AUAUUGUUUUCCGAAAACUGGAUUUAUAAACAACAGAAAAAUCUAAAACGGAAAUUGUAUCAUCUAAAAUCGCCCGUUUCAUUUUCGCACAGUUUAAGAUUCGAGUUAAUCAAUUAGAACUCAAUUUGCUAGGUCAUGACUCAUUGUUUGGUGUACCUCCCCCAAGGUUAUGCCCCUGAGGGCCUAAGCCAGGGCUAAGCCAGCAUAGCAAUUAGACACUGUAUAUUUGGGCACUGUUCUAAACCCCAUGCUAUGCAUGCAGUACAUGUGAUUUACCUGUGAAUUCUACAUAGUUGCGAGGGAAAAAAAACAGAAAAAGGUGUUCCUAGAAUUAAGCCAGCCAGUUAUCAAUUAUACUGAUCAGUAGCUGCCGUUUUUUACUGUCAUUUGCCACAAGUACAUUUCCUGCAGCCAACAAGUCAUUGCUAAAAUAAGCAGUGACCGAACCAUGCAAGCUUGCGGCAUACGGAAAUAGGAUUUGAGGAGGCUUUAAUACGACGAGCAGUUUCAGUACAUCCGUCCGGUCACCUUGUAAGCCUGAAGAGCACGCUUGAGCUGAGUGUCGUACAAAUCUUUAAUUUUAACAGAAACACCGGAAAGCUUCCUCAGUACGGGUUGUUUUCUAAAGGAAAAGUUGUAAAGACACCUGUAAAAGUAGCUUUGAUACAACUCUGACCGCUGGCGAGUGUUUCCAAACACAAAUGUUUUAUAUCUAGCUCAACAGAGAACUGUUCUUGUUUUCUUCUUGAAAUGUAGGGUAUUUUUUAGUUGUUACUCAAAGAAUCGUAUUAAAGCGAGUUCACUGGGAAGGAGAAGAAUUAAUUCACGUAAUGUGAACGGUUUCGAGCCGGUGGGCCCUUGAUUCGCGUUAAUUUAUGAGGGGGACGUUUCCAAUCUCGGCAGAAUGGACGUUUCGAUUCAUGCAAAUUUAAAUACACAACUAAAAGAUUUUUUUAUGCAAAUCGCCCAUGGCACAUUGACUAAGUAAGUUGAUUUCAGAGCCUGAAGCGAGCGCCAUUUGUUACGAUCUAUUUUUACUCUCUCCUAUGAAUGGGCGUCACGGUUUGUUGCCUAAAUUGGACCUUCCCAUUCAGUCACAUGUCGCGCGGUAUAUAAAUGGUCACUAUAAAUAGCAUUUGUUCUUAAGCGCGCGCGCCUCAGUCACACCCACCCCAGACCAACUCAUGUGACCUGAAUUUCACAAACCUGAUCGGUUCGCAGUUAUAUUUUAAAUUACCGAUUGCAAAACUCUUCUACGGGAAGAUUCGUUUCAAAAAUAGAUGAACUGUUCCACUCUAGGCUAUCAGAUUGUGAUGGAUAUAGACAGCAAUCUAUUAUCUAGCAAGAUAAAUAUGUGAGAGCCUGGAACUUUCUAUUCAAAAUUGCUGUAUACACGGUAUGAUCAGUCAUAAACGGGACAAAGACAGAGAUCAAAUUAAACAAUUUGCACCCGAAGAACAAAAGUGCAAAGCCUCGAUAAAUUGUCUCGAAGUAUCACCAGAUUUCGAGACCCAACAAGGACAAAUAAAUGCGUCGAGCUUUAAUAGACUAAAAAGGCUUAAAUCAACCAUGCCUGGGUAUGCCAAUCACAAGGUGAUGGUUAUCUGUCAACGACCAAAAUAGAUGUUAUGUUAUGUUUUCAUUCUAAUGUGUUUGAUGCCACUCUUUCGCUCGGGUCAGUAAUCACACUUGAUGUGUUAUUGUUACUGAAAUGCUACACAAAACAGACAAGAUUUUUUUUGUCAUGUAAAUGUAAAAGGGCCAGUUUUCAGUGUGCCUCCAACGUUACCGUAAAAGGAUUCGAAUGGAAGCAUUUCUUUUCUUGGGUUGUCCAGUGUUUAAAUGCUGAGGUCCAGUUCUUGUAUUCCGUCGCAGCUUUACCGUAAAUAAUAAGCAGCCCUUUUGACUUUAAUCCAAUCAAGCAAAUCGUCUGAGCAAGCAUAUAUUUUGCUUUGUAACAAGUAUUGUUCACUUGUCUCGCGCCCUCAAGUGUGACGUCAAUGUAAAACGCCCUGAAAACACCUAAAUCAACAUUGAUCGACAUUGAUUUGUUUAGCAACGUUAUCACAUAGUUAAACGGUACUUCUUUGUGUUUCUUUACUGCAGUCUUUGACGUCAAUACAGCUUAAUUUCCUUUCAAAACAACUUUAAGCAGUUGAGUCGAUUUUGUAUAUGCUGAUGAGUAGGGAUGUAAAGUCUCUCCGGCGAAUCGCCUACGCGUAAUCAAUGUAAUGUUAUGAGUAAGAAUACGCUCCCUGCCUUCACAACGACAAUACCGACUUCCUGUCGAGCCGGAUCUGUACUUAAUAUGGACGUUUUGCGUAUAUACAAGUAACCACAGGUUUUCGCAAGAUUUCAUGAAGCGUGAACAAAUGUUUUAGAAAACACUUCAUUCAUCUCACAGCAGUGCUGGUGCGUAGAGGAAAAUUGGAUCACACGCACGCCACGAGAAAAUCUUCUUAUCCAGCUCAGGUUUUGGAAAUCGUGCAGGGCCAGAGAGAACCCAAGCGAUUUAGCUCGGAGGGAAAAUAUUGUUGAAGAUUCUCCGAAUUCUACACUCGCGGAUCGGAAGUGUUAUUUUGGGUCGUAAUAACUCCCGAGUGAGUCGAUACCUUGAUGUCUUUUGUGGAAUGUCAAAUAUCCAAUUGCGUGAGCAAGUCUUCUCAUCUUUAACAGACUAGUUUCAUCUCCGCUCAAGCUUCGUUGUGUCGAUAUUUUAUUCUAGCGCAGUCAUCACAGACAAGAGAACGUCUGGGAGCCCAAAUUACGAUUCAACGUCAAUAUUCCCGGUUAGAGGUGGACAACGUGAAACUGAAUUCUCACUUAUUCAACAAUGGAAUUUGAGAAUCUUGAGCUGGCGUAUCAACGGAGAUAAUUUCAUCGCUGAAGGGUCGGGCUCUUGCAAGACUUUAUUUUGGGAUCUGUCGAGAUAAGGCCAUUCACACAGAGCUUUAUUGUGGUUCGACUUGAAUUCAACGCUUCUCAAAUCUGCGAUCACAAAGAAAACAUUGACACAUACAUAAACUUCGACUAAAAUGGCGGAACGGGAAGGAGAACCAGCCAGGAAAAUCGCGUUUGUUGGCAACAGUCAGCAAAUGCUGCGAGACAUUAAACAAAGUUUGAGGCACCUAAAAAGGCAACCUGAGCAGCAGCGACCAGAGGCAACUAGGAUUUCACAACAACCGGCGACUUCAGCCGGGUCCAAUUCGGUUACCGUUGGAGAACCGAACGCAACCAGACCCUUGGCACAGAAUCCAAACCGCCGGAUAAGUCAUGCGAAAGCUUUGGCUGAGAUUAGGAGCAGUUUAAAACCCUUCGAGACUACAGAGUCUGGCUAUUCCUCCUGCUCCGAAAGCGGAGAGUCAAUCAACAAACAGUUUUUUAGUACACUCAAGGCUCUGGGCUUCGAUGAGGAGACAGCCACUGAAGCCAUAAGACUGACUUCUAACAGGCCUUUGGAGGAAUCAUUAGACAUCAUUACACAGUUGGCAACAGCACAAGGUUACAACAGAGUAAAUUUUGGCUCAAAUGCUUCAAAUAAUAAUCGCACACAACUUCCUCCUCCUUAUAAUGCUGCCGUCCAUCGCAUGUCAUGGAAGGGCUCAGAAGAAUCACUGAACAGUCCUAAGCGAGCUGAGUCCCCCAUGAUAGCCAUGGAAAGUGCAGUGCCAAUGGUACAUCCUCCUAAGAGUACAGUUACAAGUUUUAGUGGACAGGCCAGUGGAAGGGCAUCUUCAUCAGAGGCCACAAGGGCUGAAUGGCAUGUCCAAAGGAACCCCGCAUUGGUUGCACCACAACCUUGGCAAGGCGCUCACAUGCCAGCACCUCCUCAGCAAAGAUAUGUGGAGCGAACUGGUCCAAACAUGCAACUCGGAUGGAAACCAGUGACUGUAUCUGGUCCGAAACCAGUUCAAGGAAUCAGUCAAAAUCAAACUCAACAUGUUAACAGUGCUGUUGGAAAUCCUCCACCACCUCAAUUUCACGUAACUGCAAACCUUACUUUAACUGGAAGUAAUUCUGGUAGCGAGAACUUUCAAGGGGGGAGAAUGGGAGCAACAUGUGCAAAUGUAUCGUCCAGUGGGGCAAAUGCCAUGUCCUUCAACAUACUUGUUCAAACUAAUUUUCCACCAAGUUCAUCUGGAAGCAUCCAAUCAUCAAAUCAAGGACAAUUUUGUCAAACCUCACCUCAACACCCCAGUGUUGUUCAAGGAUCACACAGUGGUGAUGUGUUAUGUCACUCUCCUGUACCAAGUACAUCUCAGGCUCCAGUGCCGCACUUUGUACAGUCAUUUGACCCAACACUUCAUCCUCCACCUGCGUAUGCUCCUGUACCAAGAAGACCAUUCCCAUGUUCAGAUGUUAGCAUGUCAGAGACCACCAGUAAUUGGCAGAAUCAUAUCCCACGUGUUUCAUCAAGAUCACCAGUUCCUCCCCCAGCUCCAGAACAGUGGAGGCACUCCUGGAACACAGAAACAUCAUCAAACUCUGGAUCCAUCAGUGAUGAAAUGCCAUGGUCUAGUUCACAUAAUGACAGUGGGCCUCCGUCGCCAUUGUCAGACUCAUCAUUCACAAUAGAGGGUCCAACAAAGGUAACAAAUCCAACUGGGACUGUUGUUUACCGUCUUGACUCACCUAAUUCUCGUAAACGACCUCCAAUUCCAACCAUGGAUGGUCAGGAGAACAGACUACCAGCAAUGGAAGAUGAUGACCAAAUGUCGGAGUCUGAUAUGGAAAUGCUCACUCCAGAACAACGAUAUAAACAAUUCAGAGACAAAAACUCAAAACUAAAGAAAUGUUCUCCAGCAGCGACAAAAUUUUACUUUGAACAACACUUUGAAAAUUUAAUGAAGGACACAGAGGAAAGACAGAAGAGACGCUUCCAGUUAGAAGAGGAAAUGCAAAAAGUUGGACUUUCUCAGGAUGCUAGGAACCAAAUGCGACAAAUCCUAGUGCAGAAAGAGACCAACUAUAACCGCUUAAAGAGAUCAAAAAUGGAUAUAACAAUGUUUGAGAAAAUAAACAAAAUUGGAACUGGUGCAUUUGGAGAAGUUUGGCUCGUCAGAAAAGUAGACACAAACAUGUUGUAUGCCAUGAAAAUCCUACGGAAGACUGAGGUCCUGAAACGCAACCAGGUAGCUCACGUUAAAGCUGAAAGAGACAUUCUUGCAGAGGCGGACAAUGAAUGGGUUGUUAAGUUGUAUUACUCAUUUCAAGAUGCAAAAUUCUUGUAUUUUGUGAUGGACUACAUUCCAGGUGGAGACUUGAUGAGCCUUUUGAUUAAAUUUGAAAUCUUUCCUGAGGAUCUGGCAAGAUUUUACAUUGCCGAACUUGUGCUAGCGAUUGAGUCGGUGCACCGAAUGGGAUUUGUUCAUCGUGACAUCAAACCUGACAAUGUGUUGAUUGACAAAGAUGGUCACAUCAAACUCACUGACUUUGGUCUUUGCACGGGUUUUCGCUGGACACACGACAGCAAAUAUUACGAGAAGGAUGGUCAUGACAGACAGCCAAGUAUGGAGUAUGGCAUGCUCCCAUGGGAUCUUCCUCCUGAGUGGAAUGAUCAUCUGAUACAGAAGUCACUAUUAGAAAUGAAGCCACUGGAAAAGCGGCACUUUCGUAAGCACAUGAGAAGUCUUGCCCAUUCCUUAGUGGGCACACCCAACUACAUCGCGCCAGAGGUAUUGCAAAGGAGUGGUUACACACAGCUUUGUGAUUGGUGGUCUGUGGGAGUGAUAAUGUAUGAGAUGCUUGUUGGACACCCACCAUUUCUUGCUUCCACACCUGCAGACACUCAACUCAAGGUCAUCAACUGGGAAGCAACACUGCAUGUCCCCAGGCAGUCCCUUAGCUGGGAGGCCAGAGACUUGAUCUUGAAGCUCUGCACAAGUCCAGACAGAAGGCUUGGGGCAAAUGGAAUUGAAGAAAUUAAACAACACCCUUUCUUUGCUAAUGUGGACUGGGGCUUUGGUGUGCGUCGCAUACAAGCGCCAUACCGUCCACAGAUCUCCUCCCCAACAGACAUAUCCAACUUUGAUCCAGUUGAUGAAUCAGAGAGAAUGAGCAGUGAUGAAGAAGCUGCUCCUGUUGCGAGUGAGCCGGUACCACCCAGACAGGGCCGACACCCUGAGCAUGCAUUCUAUGAGUUCACAUUUAGAAGGUUUUUUGAUGACGGUGGAAACAGCUAUGUAUCAGCGCGCAGAUACUCUUCUGAUGACAGUGGCAGUGACACUAGCAAAGAACCAGUGUAUGUUUAAUGUAUCAAGUCUGUGUCCAGUCUUAGAUUUGUAGCUGUUACGUGUAAACAUGAGCUGGAAAGUAAUAUUAGCUCUCAAUUGUUCAAGUUAAUAGUCUUGUGCAGUUAGAAUUUGGCAUUUCCCUUUCCCUUUCUUACCUGUUCCUUUUUCUCUGAAAUUACCAUAAAUGGUCUGCUUUUCCAAAAUUUUUUUUGAACUUCAAUUAUUUAUUAGAAAACCUGCAAUGUUUGCUUCUUUCUCGUUGUUUCUCAAAUUUUACUUUGAGUUGUUUAGUUAAUUUUGUAGUAACACACAAAAAUGUAUAAAGUGGGAUGUGUGGAGUCGAGUGUGGUUCUUAUAUGCCACCGUGGCACUGCUGACCACUUUGCCUGUGGAACCACCACCAUGUGGCAAGUCAAACUUGACUUACUUUCACAGGAACAGUUCUCAGCUGGUGAGCAAUAGUCACAUGGGCUGCAACAGUUUCUCAGUCAGUAUCAGUAACUAUAGGUUGCUUACAUGUCAGGCAUGCAAUCACUACACUUGAUUUAGUUUAUUCAGUUCCAUGAUUUCUUGACCACUUAUGUCCCACAAUGGUAAAUUUAUGAAAAACAGGAAUAUUUUAAUUCUAUCAAAGAAAGUUAUAUCACGCUUUGCGUGCCUAAAAGUAAGACUUGUAGCACAAACACUUUUGCACAAAACACUUACUAGAGACCUUUUUUAAGAGGAGGAACAUUUUCCUUUUCAACAUUUUGUAACCCUGAAGGCGGUCGGUACCUAUGUCAUAUAUUUGAAAUGAGAAUUUCUCACGGAGAAAUAGUCUGUGUAUAGUUUUAAUUUAUAACACUGUUGAGUUUUCCAAGGAAAAAACAGUUUCCUUUACUCGCCAUAGCAAAGAAGGAGGGAAAAUAAAUUGUUGAGAAAAGAA